AUGAAAGGUUUGAUUCUAGUUGGUGGUUACGGUACCAGAUUGAGACCAUUGACGCUGACGGUUCCAAAACCAUUGGUUGAAUUUGGUAACAGACCGAUGAUUUUGCACCAAAUUGAAGCUUUGGCCAAUGCUGGUGUGACGGAUAUUGUGUUGGCUGUCAACUACAGACCAGAGGUCAUGGUUGAGACUUUGAAGAAGUACGAAAAGGAGUAUGGUGUUUCCAUCACUUUCUCUGUUGAGACGGAGCCUUUGGGCACUGCAGGCCCGUUGAAGUUGGCUGAGAAAGUGUUGAAGAAGGAUAACUCGCCUUUCUUUGUGCUAAACUCGGACGUGAUUUGCGACUACCCUUUCAAGGAGUUGGCUGACUUCCACAGAGCACACGGCGGCCAAGGUACCAUUGUGGCUACUAAGGUUGAUGAACCUUCUAAGUACGGUGUUAUCGUCCACGACAUUGCUACUCCAAACUUGAUCGACAGAUUUGUUGAGAAGCCAGUCGAAUUCGUCGGUAACAGAAUUAACGCUGGUUUGUACAUUUUGAACCCAGAGGUCAUCGAUUUGAUCGAGUUGAAGCCAACCUCCAUCGAAAAGGAGACCUUCCCAAUCUUGGUUGAGCAAAAAUCUCUGUACUCCUUCGAUUUGGAAGGAUACUGGAUGGAUGUCGGUCAGCCAAAGGAUUUCCUAUCAGGUACCGUCUUGUACUUGAAUUCUUUGGCCAAGAACCACCCAGAGAAGUUGGCCAAGGGCGACAACAUUGUCGGUAACGCUAUCAUUGACCCAUCCGCCAAGAUCUCCCCAAGUGCCAAGAUCGGUCCAGAUGUGGUCAUCGGUCCAAAUGUCACCAUCGGUGACGGUGUCAGAAUCACAAGAUCUGUCGUUCUUUCAAACUCUACGAUCAGAGCUCACUCUUUGGUCAAGUCGACUAUCGUCGGUUGGUCCUCCACUGUCGGUCAAUGGUGUCGUCUAGAAGGCGUCACUGUGCUCGGUGACGACGUCGAAGUCAAGGACGAAGUCUACAUUAACGGUGGUAAGGUUCUUCCUCACAAGUCCAUUUCUGCUAACGUUCCAAAGGAGGCAAUCAUUAUGUAA